AUGUUGGUUUUGUUUCCUGUUUUUCUCCUUUUGUUUCGUACAUUCUCCUGCGUCUCUUACCUCCCAUCAAUUUUUUCCUGCUUCCAGUUCCCGCUGGCGCUACGUCGUGCCCCUUCUUCGUCCCCCCUUUCCUUUUCACCUUUCCCUCCCUCCCUCACUCUUUGCCCAUGCAGCCACUUCCGUCAGAAGAUGCAUUUAUUUGUGCAUGUGUGUGUUUUAAAAACGCUUUGUACAGGCCCAAUGUUCCUUUUUUUUUUUCCCCCUCCCUUCUGCCUUUUGUAUUUCGCUUUAUUAUCUUUAGUGCGUGAAGGGAGGUGUAGAUACCACUUUCACACCCAAAGGCAGGAUGGUGAGGGAAAAGGUAAAAGAAAUAAAAUAGCUUCAGCAGGAAAUGAGAGAUCGCGGUGCUCUUGUCGCUGGUGUUUGAUGUUGCUGUAUUACUUUUCAGCGCCACCGUCCUGCGCAGUGCCUUUGGCGCACGAAAAUUAG